GGCCGGGGAGCAGGGAGCGGCCAGGCUGGGCUCGCCUGGGCUCGGCACGGCUCGGUCCGGCCCCGCUGGGCUCGGCACGGCUCGGCCCGGCCCGCCUGGGGCCGCCUGCAUGCGGCGGCGGCGGGGAUGAACGGCUCGGCGGCGGGGCUGCCGGGGGGGCUCCGCGGCUCGCUGGGGCUCCCGGCGGGGAUGAACGGCUCGCUGGGGCUCCCGGCGGGGAUGAACGGCUCGCUGGGGCUCCCGGCGGGGAUGAACGGCUCGCUGGGGCUCCCGGAGGCCCCGAACGGCUCCUCGGCGGCGGCGGGGCUGCUGGAGGGGGCCGGGGGAGCGGCGCUGGAGCUGGAGCGGGCGCUGCGCUGCUGCACCGCAGCCUCCGUGGUGACCGACGGCAGCGGCGCGGCCGAGGAGCGCAGCCUGUACAUCAUGAGAGUGGUGCAGAUCGCCGUCAUGUGCGUGCUGGCCCUCACCGUGGCCUUCGGCAUCUUCUUCCUCGGCUGCAACCUCCUCAUCAAGUCCGAGGGCAUGAUCAACUUUCUGGUCAAGGACCGCCGCCCGUCCAAGGAGGUGGAGGCGGUGGUGGUGGGGCCGUACUGACCGCAGGGCUGGCCGGACCGACAGCCGGACUGACCCCCGGACCGACCGCAAGGCUGGCCGGACCGACCGCCGGAC